GCCGGAGCUUAAGGUAGAAGCAGUUUCAGUCACCCAGGCAGGGUGGCAGGUGGGCUGGAGGAGGGCUGGCAGCCUGCCAACCACAGGCUCCGUUCUCUCCUCUUCCAGGCUGUGGUCACAAACUGGCAGCAACACUUGUGGCAAUACUAGUAGCUGAGAAUGCCCCGGGCCUUGGAACAAGCAGAUGGCAGAUGGGCCUGGGUAGUCCUGCUGGCGUCCCUGGUGGCCCAGGGCCUCACCGUGGGCUUCCCUUCAUGCAUGGGGGUCUUCUUCACUGAUCUGCAGCGCGACUUCCAGGCCAGCAACAGUGAGACCUCAUGGCUUCCUGCCCUCAUGGUGGCCAUGCUCCACGCUGGGGACACACCCCCAGCUUCUGUUGGUGUGAGAUUCCUGCCUGUCUGUCUUCUCAUCUACAUAAAUGUGCUAAGCCUGUUGCUCACCAAGAACUAUUGGAGAGUGGGGGAAAGCAAGCGCCAAGUGCAAGUGAGGCCUGCAGAGCCUGAGGAGGGAGGGAGCAGAAGACAAGAACACCUGGACAGGCAGAGGGCAAGGGUGGCUCAAAAUCCCCACCCCAGCUCCACUCCCUCCUCAUCUAUGACUCAGAGCCCUUCCCAAGGUCACCUUCUUGAGUCAGGACCCCUGUGCAGCAUCCUGGUGAAAUGUUUUGGCUGCCGAGUGACCAUGAUGCUGGGGGGCAUACUGGCCAGCCUGGGCAUGGUGGCCAGCUCCUUCUCUGGCUCCCUCUACCAGCUCUUCCUCACAGCAGGACUGAUCACAGGCCUGGGCAUGUGUUUCAGCUUCCAGUCAAGCAUCACAGUGCUGGGCUUGUAUUUUGUCCAGCGUCGGCCGCUGGCCAAUGCACUGGCCUCCAUGGGCAUGUCCAUGGGCGUCACCCUCUGGCCGCUGCUGGCCCGAUAUCUUCUGGAAACCCUGGGCUGGAAGGGUGCCUUCCUCAUCUUCGGCGGCGUCUUUCUCCACUGUUGUGUGUGUGGAGCCAUCCUGAGGCCUGUUGCCACCAACGUGGUUCCCGAGCCCAAAGAAGAUCCCCCUCUACCGCCCAAGACACCUACACGCAGCUGCCUGGCAACAUGUGUCUCAACUAUCCGGCACCACCUGGCCUUUGACAUCCUUUGGCAGAAUAUGGGCUUCUGCAUAUAUGUGGUGGGCAUGACAUGUAUGAGCCUAGGUUUUCCACUGCCGCAUAUCUUCCUAGUGCCAUAUGCUAUGCACCAUGGGAUGGAUGAGUAUUGGGCAGCCACGCUCACGUCAGUCGUCGGCUUCUGCAACAUCUUCUUGCGGCCAUUGGCGGCGCUGCUGGCAGGCCGGAAGAGCUUGGCUGCCUCCCGGAAGUACCUGUUUACCCUGGCGAUCCUCGUCAAUGGACUCACCAAUCUAAUAUGCACUGUGUCCGCGGACUUCCGGGUGCUCCUGAGCUAUUGCCUGGUGUACAGCCUGUCCAUGUGUGGAAUCGGCAUCCUCAUCUUCCAGGUGCUCAUGGACGUUGUUCCGAUGGAUCGGUUCCCCAGUGCCCUGGGCCUCAGCACUGUCCUGAUUGGUGUGGCUUCUCUCAUCUCUCCACCACUGGCUGGAUUGCUGGUGGACGUGACCAACAACUUCAGCUAUGUUUUCUACAUGUCAAGCUGCUUCCUCAUCUCAGCCGCCCUCUUCAUGGCUGUGGGCUUCUAUGCUGCAGAGAAAAAGCAGCUAAAGCAAGAGAGGAAAGCCAAGGUGGAAGAUGCAGCUUCGGAGAUGACCCCGAUGCAAGGUCUUACUUCAGGAGACAACGACAGUGCCAGGAAGAAACUGUGCCCUGCAAACAUGGAUGUGACCAAUGUCUGAGUUCCAGGGGUCACAUGUGACUUGUCUCUGAGCUCUGAGGUCAGCGAGGGACCUUCCUUCCAGGAAGUAGAGUGUAAAAGUGGACCUUCCUGGCUUUCUUCCGUGGGUCUUAAGAUGAUGACGGUCUGAGUCCUGUUUGAAGAAGUCAUGGCGAGUUACCCUGGGCUGGCUCCUCACGGUUGCUCCUACAACCUAACACUCAGGGUCUUCUCAUCCAACUUUCCCAUGUCAACUCUCCUUGUCCUUCUUGGACUGCAGACAAUUCUGAAAAAUUCUCCUUCCUUCCAAGAACUUCCUCCUCCUCUCUUCCCAAAUGACCAGCCCUGACCCCUCAGGUCAGGAAGAUUAAGGGUGCUACUUAGAAAAGCUGAGCCUCACGCUUACUGGAGCCAGAGGAGAGGCAGAGAUGGAGAGCCAGGCCAAGAAGUCAUCCUCAGUACUGCAUGGGGGCUGUUUGGCUGUUAGGUGGAGUACUGGCCCUGAUACCUAUGCAGACAGCAGGAGAGGAAACUUUUUGCUGUCCUAGAAGGGGUGGUCCUCCUGCUUGGAUCUCAGAAGCCCCAGGGUCUGAGCCAAGAUCUUCUCUUUUACCCCACACUGCAUCCACGUAGAGGAAGGCAGACCUCUGCCUGACCAGGAGACAAGAAGGCCGAUUAGGCCGCCUAAGGAGCAUUCUGAAAACUGGGCUUGUAGGCUCUGCCAUUGGCCUUGUGAGGUUCACCUUUAUCCAGAAUCAAUCUAGGGUAUCAACCCUGAGACAGAAGCUGGCUAAGCCAGCAGCUGCUGCUAGCCUGAGCCCAGGGCCUGGAGCUGUGUCCACAUACACACUUCUGGCGCUGCUGUCUGAGGUCAUCACCCAGGGCUGGCUGUCAUCAGCUGAGGCCUGUCCCAGCAGGGUACUCCAGGGAAUGAGAAAACAGUCUGCUUGAAUUAUAUAUAUAAACAUUCCCUGCAGUGGCUCAUGAACUCUGGGAUUAAUAAAGCCGGAAAACAGGCCUGAGUUCCCCCAGCUUGGCAGGAACUUCUUGGCCUUGUUUGUUGGUUCAGGCCGAACCAGGCUCCAACAAGAAAACCUUAUCAGGAAAAAUGAUUUUAUUUUCACGGCUGAUGCCAGCCUCCCUCCUCCACAUGUCCAUCUGGCGUGAAUAAGCAUCUUUAGGACUAUCCUGUCUCCCGUAAGAUGCAGUCGCCAGUGCCCCCUCACUGCCAAAGGGAGUACUGCAGGGGCGCGUUUGCUCCCUUGCUUUGUGGUGUUCACUAACUCUGGAUUUAGAUGGAGAUGUUGAGUGGAAAGAUGCUUGCUGUCAAGCCUGACAACUUGAGUUUGAUCCCUGGGACCCACACGGCGGAAGGAGAGGUCCCACUACCCCAGGUUGUUCUGUGGCCUCCACGUGUGCACUCUGGCAGUGCGCACAUACAAAUAAAAGUGAUUUUUUUAAAA